AAAUGUAAGCUGUGAAUGCCAGUAUACCUGUUGGCUUAAGGGGAGGUAUUUUCGGACUGUCGAGAGAAUGAAACAAUGUUUCGCCAAAAGCGAAAAAAAAAGACGGAUCCAAAGUGGGAAAAAAAAGGGAAAAGAGAAAUGCAGGUCUAUGGUCUACACAUUUUUUUCAUCUCGCUUCUUCUCGUGCGAGUUCUACCGUCGAUAUUUUCUCUCUUUUCAUCACGGUCUCUCGUCGUCACGUCGUCCUUGUCUAGGUGGUUCUGUUUGUCUCUCUUCGUCUCUCACAGUGAAUCUCGGGGUGGUGGCCGAUGGUGGUGGUGGUCGUGUCCGGAUGGUGGUGGCUAUGGUGGGGGGGUAGUUGGUUCCUUCGUGCCUAUACUGCUCCCUAUCUCCUUUCUCUCCCUAUGGGAGGGCGAAGAGGGCCCCCGUAGCCGCGCACUGCGCACCGAGUUCAUCAUAGACAGAGCGAUCUCCCUGACAGCUUCUCGUCGGUCUUGAACAGAAGCGGAAUCAUCCAGAUUCUGUCUAUCUCUCCGGCUCUACAGUAGCGUGGUGUCGGUGUCAGCAAACGUAGGAGAGGAGAAUACGGGGUUAGCGAAAGUGCGUGACUUUCUCAACGUUCCUCGAUCGGCUUGUCUCAAUUGCCACACUCGUUUCAAUUCAUUGUGCACCCAGACGCUCGCGAAACUUCUUACUAUUUCCUCUGUCUCAUCUGUAACUUUCUGUGACAAACGCAUCCUAUCUUUGAUCGUACCACUUUCCUUCGAACGUGAAUCUUUUCAUCUCGCAGAGCAAUCCGAUCAAACGCAUUAACACCUCUACUCCAGAGUCCCCCAUUCUCUUCUUUUUCUCCCAUCCCGACCCUCCACGUUUUUCUCUUCCGCAAUCCUCAAAGCCUCGCCUGGCUCUGUCAUCACCGUCGCACCGUGCGUGACGAUCGCGGGAAGUUUGCUAUUUGACUGUUUGCACGAGCGAACCGAGAGAUAGGCGCGGUUACGAGGGAGAGAGGCAAAGGAAGCAACGGUGGAAGAAGAAGAGGCGGUGGUUGAGGAGAAAGAGGAAGAAGACCUGUAGCCGAGAGACGGGGAAGGGGGAGAUCGUGAUGGUCCGUGUGUGGGAGGAGUAGUAGGAUCUGCAGGGCAACUUUUCUUUUAUUUGAGCUUGACACUUCGCCGUGAGCGCACAUACACCGGAAGUAGCAAGUAAGUCAUCAAGCUCUUCUCUCUCCUUCUGCCCGACGUGUCGGAAGCUCGACUGUUUUACCUGGAUCGCGUUACCGAAGGAAGAAAGUGAAAGAAGAGGAAGAUUUAACGCGCAGGGGGUGAAAGAACGACAAGAUGUUACCGGAUUCACGGAUAGAUUUUACCGAGAAGGGUACCGUGAUCUACGACUUUCAGGUACAAAUCGGAUAAAGGAAUUGUCCAAAGACAAUGUUCAAGUACUCAUUCACCGCCGAAGAGAAUACCAAAGACAGGAAUAAAUCCGGUGCAACAAAGACUGUAGUGAUAGUGACCUCACCGUGUACCUCGACGAAACUUGGAGAACGUUAGGCUAUACGAUUUUCCACGUUUUAUUCUUGGAGAACCUUGACAGUAUUUUUUCCUCCAAAGAUAAGUGAAUCUUACAAGUGAAACAAGAUUCAACGAAGUCGUCUCGAAGAUUUUACGUCGUUUCAGUUGAUAAAUGCAAAAAUCUCUCUCUAAUAGAAACGUACGCGUAAGUAAUUCAUCAAAGGAUGGUGAAACGUCAUUACCAAACGAACGAGAGAAAGAGAGAGUCGCGAGAAGGAAGGUGAUUACACAUCAAGAACGAACUUCGUCAUUCAACGAGCGAGCGAGUCGACGCAAUAAGCUGCGACAAGAGCCGAGACGCGUAUACGCUCGAUGAUUCGUCCUAUCGCCGCGGAAUAUUAUUGUCCCGGGGUAGUUUUCGAAACGCACCCUCGAAGCAGCAAAACUGGGAGCUCUCGAAUUGUACGGAACGUCAAAGGAGAAGCGCCGGUGCCCGGGGCAAGGAGGAGUUCUCGACGCGUGCCAGGCUGCUGAUCACAGGCACCGCAGUGAGAAGAGUAGGAGAGGGACCGGAGAAUACAGGGAGAGAAAGAGAAAGGCGAGCACGGAGAGAGCGAGAAAGAACGAGCGAGGAAAAAGAAGAGGGAAAGGGUGAUAAAGAACGAGAGCAGCUUCAGCAUCAUCUCGAACGAGGGGUCCUUCCGUUCGGGUGCUAGGGGUGUGCAACCCUGGUCGAAGGGGUCGCACUCAACUCUUUUAAAGUGGGCAAGCCGCGCAAAGAAGAGAAACUGUCCUCGGGGCGAUGACAGGAUGCCUCCGUCUCGAACAGGACGUGCAUACGAAGGACCGCCAUCCAGGAUCGCCACCAGGAUCGGUCCCACCAUCGUUCUACUGCUAAUUCUCCUCGAACAUCGCCACGCAAAUUGCCUAAUGAGCAAUUCCAUCCCGAAUGAAUGGCUGCGUGACAAUCACGGCGGUAUCGUAUGCAACGGCGUUCCAGGGUUAACGAAGGACCAACGCGAGCUUUGCUACAGAUAUCCCGACGUUACCAUGGCCGCGAUCAAGGGACUGCAAUUGGCCAUAUUAGAGUGUCAACAUCAAUUCAUGUGGCACAGGUGGAAUUGUUCGUCCCUCACAACCAACAGCAGAACUCAAGCGAAUAACGUCCUACUUCAACGAGGCUACAGAGAGACGGCGUUCGCCUACGCGAUUACGGCAGCUGGCGUGGCCCAUACCAUAGCCCGUUUCUGCAGCCUAGGCCGCUUGCUCGCCUGCAGCUGCGAUCCUUCGAGCUACAUGGAUAAAACACCGACAACUACCAGAGACAUCCCAUGGAAGUGGGGUGGUUGCUCUCACAAUCUCGAAUAUGGCAUGGAGUUCUCGAGACAGUUCCUAGACACGCGGGAGAAAGGCGGCGACAUACAGUCUACGGUGAAUCUACACAACAAUCAAGCCGGCCGUCUGGCAUUGGCGAACAACAUGCAGAUGCGCUGCAAGUGCCACGGAAUGUCCGGAUCGUGUGAAUUGAAAACCUGCUGGAAAAUCGUCCCGGAUUUCCGGGUGGUCGGCAAGGCCCUGAAGGACCGUUUCCGGAACUCCGUAUUGGUGACGCAAACCAAUCUGGGUGACGUGAUACCGUCGAACAGGAUUCGAGGAUCACGUCGGAAACAGAAGCAGAAGCAGAAGCAGAAGCAGAAACAGAAACAGAAGAAGCAUCGCGAUGGCAGGCGCAAGAAAAAGAUCCGAGAUCUGCCCAGACAGCUCUACUACUACCAGAAAUCGCCGAACUUUUGCGAGCAGGACCUGACACUCGACAUCGCCGGCACCGUUGGCCGCAGAUGCAACAAGACCAGCACCGGCGGAGAUGGAUGCGCCAAUCUGUGCUGCGGCAGAGGCUACAACAUGGUACGACACCGGCGAACAGAACGGUGCAAAUGCAAGUUUCACUGGUGCUGCUACGUAAAAUGUGAGAAUUGCACAAUGGAGGAGUGGAUCACGGUUUGCAAAUAAGAUAGGAAUAAGAGAUGAAAAGCCACAGGCGGAAGUCUAAGACUGACAAAAAUUUAUGCAAAUUUUUUUCUUCCUUUCCGCGACGAGAAAGGUACGACGAUGAUACAUCGUCGGCUCGAUAAGAGAAGAAAUUAGCUCCGAAGAUCCGCUGAAGAUGCGCGUAACGAGGCUAUUCGUUCGCAAGAAUCGAUCAUGACACAUAUGUACAAUUGAUGAUAGUGUUCUUAUUGAAACCAGGAUUACCGGGCAUAAAUUUCUCUAAGGCCAUCGUAAUAUCAGAAAUAAAUUUAUUUGCUAACCUCGAAUCUCUGCAAACGUAUUAGGAAGGUAAUAAUCUUCAUUAACAAAAUUAAAUCAAUUUCUACGAGGACCAAGCAAUCUUUAAAUGCGAUUAUAAUUAUUAUAACUACAAUUAAGCAAUGUAAUUUUUUACUCGUCUACAUAUUAUUCAUCUUUUUUCAAAAUUGCAUGGUUUUUUAAAAUAAAACAGCGUUAAUUGCACUUUUCGAGAAUACGUCUUAAUUAGCAUUGAAAAGGUGAAUUUUGAUGCAAAAUUUGUACAUUAUUGAAGUCCGAUUUUAGAUUUCGCGUAAGUAGUUCUUGAUAUGGCAAAAGAUCACGCGAAACUGACUGACAUAAAUCGUGCUGUAUUAAACGUCGAUUACGGAAAUUAUACUUCGACUUACCAAUCAUCUGCGAUCGAUUGGAUUGGGUAGCGAAGAAAUAUGACUCAAUCGCAGAAGUCCAAUCGCACACAGAAGAGAAGUCUUGCGCAAACUACUCCGUAACGGCGCAAGUAAUAUAAAAUGAUCCAUAGGCUAAGUAAACUCAUAAUUUAUUUAUAACGCUCUAUUUAAUUAAUAUUUAAUUUUAUAACUUCUACGUGAACUGUAAAACCUCCAGCACAGUAUUAUUAGACGAAAGGGGUGUCCUGUUUGACGGACACGAUUGUACACAAUUUUAAUAAUGCGCGUACAAUAAAGAGAGUUCCUUCAAACAAAUACCCUAGUAUCCACUUUCAAGUUUUAUCAGAUUAUUGUAGUGAUUAGUCUAAAUGGCAUUUUUAUUUUUAAAUAUAUUUUUAGUAUUUAUUUCUGAUUGCGAGUGUGCAUGUAUUCGCACGCGCGUGUGUGUGUGUAUGUGUGAGAGAGAGAGAGAGAGAGAGAGAGAGAGAGAGAGAGAGAGAGAAUGUACCUCGCCCAAAUUAGUAAAAUAAGUGCGAUUUUUUUUUUAUUGAAGACUGUUAUAAAUAAAUGCGCAUUAGACUCUUGGAAA